AUGUCGAAAAACUUGAAUGAUUAUGAUAUCGUUGUUGCUAUAGAUUUUGGAACAACUUAUUCUGGCUACUACAUACUAGAAAUAAAUAAUGAGAUACCUUAUUUAGAAGAAUACUGGGGAAAUGACUGGAAAACUAAAGAGGCAGUGUCUGCAAUGACCUAUAGAUCAUUCACAAAGACAUUCUACUAUUGGAUCAGAUCGUUUUUCUAUAAGAAUGAUGUAAAAGUAGAAGAUCAAGAUCAAGAUUCAUUGCAGUAUGUAAGCAGAGUCAAGAUCUUGUUGGACAAAGCCAUCAAGGAAGAUCUUCCACCUUUACCACCAGGAUGGACUCUAGCAAAAACUAUUGCCGAUUAUUUGCAAGAGAUGCGCAGACCUAUCUUUAAAGACAUCCUCAAAAGAUUUCCUGCCUGUGCUGAUCCUUCAAGAUAUCGGUAUUGUAUGACUGUUCCAACCAUGUGGUCCGAUGAGUCCAAGGGUAUCAUGAGAGAGGCCGCGAUACUGGCUGGUUUUAUCAAGGCCCAGGACGAACCCGGCCGGCUUUUGAUUGUUGAUGAGACGCUGGCAUCAGCCCUGUAUUGUGAGCGCACAUAUCCUGGACUGGAGUUCCCGGAUGGCAGUCUUUGCAUGAUCUGUAAUGCUGGUGGUGGGACAGUAGAUCUGGCGACAUUUGAAAAGGAUGGUUCGUCUGGAACACAUGGCAUAAAAGAGGUCACGGUCGGGUCUGGGGUUACCUGUGGGUCGAGCUUUUUAGACAUUGAGUUUGAAGCCAUGUUGAGAGAAAGGGUUUCUAACUACCCCAGUUACACCGAGAAUUAUAUACAGCUUAGUUUGGCAGCAUUUGAGCAAAUCUUCAAGGAUGAAUUUGAUGGAUAUGGAAAUAGUUUGGCAGAUAUACUGCAUCCAGGACAGACUCAAAACUAUAUCCAUACUUAUCCAUGGAUCAAGAACGAUGAUGGGUUCACGACGGACGAGAUGCGCACCAGGUUGUUUGACCCAUUAGUAGAUCAGAUCCUUGGGGCGAUGGAAAAACAGUUUGGACAGCUAGAAGACCAGAGACAGCUGGAUGUCCUGUUUAUUACCGGAGGAUUUGCAAACUCGCCAUAUUUGCAACACCGGAUCUUUGAGACUUUUAAGGACCGAAUCAAGGGGUUCCAUAUCCCAGAGGGUAUACAGCUCAGUGCAAUGAGAGGAGGAGCUUUGUUUGGGAUCAAACCCAGUUCGAUUACGCAACGUAUCUUGCGUCGUACAUAUGGCAUCAAGCUGUACUCGCCUACUGACGAGGCUUGGGAUAACUCUUGGCUUGAGAAAGACAGGUUUCAUGUGUGUAUCUACAAAGGUGAAGCGGUGGAUGAUAACAAGUGGAUUACCAGAAAGGUUGUUUGGAAUAAAGAAGUACUUCCAAUCAUAUCAUUGUGUGCAUAUGAUGGUAGCAAUGAAUCGGUUCCAGAGUAUCCAAGGGCUAAAGAGGUCAAUUUGGUGACUAUUUUUGAUACCAAAGCUCGGCUUGAUUCAAGAGAGCAGGUUACGAAUGGAGUGUUGGUUGCAAAUAUAUGUUUUGGGGUGGACAAGAUCAGAGUCAAGGUUGAUCUUUUUGGGAAAGAAUACGAAUAUGUUGCGGGUUGGGAUGUGAUUGGUGAAAAGUCAACGCAGCUCUAUAAUAUAAUUGAACCAUCUUUUUAA